AGUGUUGAUAAAAAGUCAAAGUUAGAGGAGAAAAUUGGAAUUACAUAAAAAAAUAAUAUUGCAAGUUCUCGUGUUAAUUGCGAAAGAAUGGCUCGCUCGGGCAGUCCACCGCGUUUCAACAACUACGAGGAUGAUCCCGUGUACCAGAACGUCAACUUCACGCAGGAUAUAAGCGAACAAAUGCGGGUUCCAAAGAGCAUAAAAGCCACGGGCGAGUAUUUCGAUGAAAGGGAUAUUCUGCCCGGAAGUGCAAAUCUCAACUCGUGGAAUUACAGCGAGAAGCUAGACAUGACUGUCCCGGACAGGAUUGUCGUGAUUGGCCAGGAGAAGCAUCACGUUCUCGGUGCAGGAACGCGCUCGGCUCCGCGGGAGAUUCUCCUGGAGAAUUCCAUCAUGUCCAAGGCAGACACGGAUCAGGUUAGGGUGUCCACACCACCGAGAACCAUCUCCCUGGCUGAGCACUACUUCCCCACGGCAUCGGAUCAGCUUGAGGAGUCACCGCAGCUGGAUGAAGAGGAGUACGGGAAUGAUGGAGAGGCGGCCCAUGGUGGUGACGGAAAUAGAGCAUCGGCGAGACACCCCAAGUACUCCAGCCAUGCUGCAUCUGAACUCAUUAGAAGUCACAGUCGUGAGAGCACACCUCCAAUGAGUCAAUCACUCAUGGAGGGCAUGACGGCAUCUGAGGAGGUGGUGCAGCUGAGGCGCCAAAUCAACAAGCUCAAUCGUCGUGUGUACUCCAUUGAGAUGAAGAGUAUGCAGCGGGAGCAGAGGGAGAAGAUCAUCUACUGCCUGGGUCUCGCAUACUUCAUCAUAAAAGCUUUCCUCUGGCUCAAUAGGAAUUGAGCGGAAUUUCCAGCGCUUUUUUUACCCAAAAUUUAUUGCUGAAUUUCAAACUGUUGCGCUUCUCAAUCAACUCCUGGUUAUAAGGGAUCUACCAAAGGAACUAACUACUACCACAGACGAUCUGUAAUCUCUAAUGACCAAGAGAUGAUUAUGAUGAAAACCACAGUGGAAAUCGUACUCUUAUACAUAAAAAAUAACAUUAGAAAAUACAAAGUUACUCUCUGAAAUUAAAGAAUUUUUGAUGAAUUAAAAGAACUUUAUAAAUGAGUCAAAAAAAGGAGAAAAUUUUCUGGCCGGUGAUCGCCUGAAUUAAGAGAUUUGUAGUAAGAAAAUCUUUUAAUUCUAGCGCUCAUAGGACGGAGACUCACGUAAUUUAGAACCUUAUAAAGUUCUUUAAAUAAAAAAAAAACAAACUCCUUGUUUUUACGUAAAUAUCAACAUUUUAUUGCAUCUCUCUAAAUACAUUUAAUGAGUAAGAUUUGUUUCUUUGUGAUAAAUACAAAUUAUACAAUUUAAAAAAAAAGUACAUAAUACAUACAAAAAAUGAGUAAUAAAUCCUUGAUCACAUUUUUUCUUUCUUACGAAAUUGUUGGAAACAAAAUAAAAAUAAAACAUUAUAUAGAGAAAUGUUAAUGAGAAUUUAAGCGGAAAGAACUACCAACUUCUGAAGCGAUAGCAUUAAAAUAAUUUUCCAUAUUUUAAUUUGAGUAGAGAAAUCAUGUGUAAAAUGAUUUAUAAGAAAUCAUAAAGAAUAAAAAGGUUGAAUGCAUGAAGGCAAAACUAACUAAACAAA